UCGUCGUCAGUCAGUGGCAACAAAUUGGAGUAGUGAAGUAUUUGUGAAAAUAAAAUGGAUUUAUUUCAUUUAAAUCAUGAAAAUGUUAACAAAGAUCAAUAGAAAUACACUAAAGCAAAAUGUUUAUGAUCCUAUGAAGACGAAUACUAAUUAAUUCCAUGGGGAAAACUUUACAAAAGUUUGAUGGUCUGUGGAAAUGUGAAAAAAGACUGAAAAUAAAGUAUGUGUGUGUGAAGAAAAAAGUUCACAGAGAAAAAAUGUAUAAUUGUCAACUAAAAUUACUUAAUAUAUCGUAAAAUAGUUAUGUUUAUAAUCAAAUGAAAUAUACGAAAUGUGUUUCGAUAAGAAUUUCUUUAGAUAAGUUUUCUUAAAAAAUAUAAGAAAUAAAUCAACGACAACAUUCAGUCUGCUUGUCGUUUUGUGUGAAGAGGAAGUUCCCUGAAAAUUUUAUACACAAUACACAUAAAAAAGUGACAAGUGCAAUCGUUCGUAUAGCAGCAGCACCAACGACAACAGCAGCAGCCAAAAAGCCAAACAACCAGAAUUCGCUGAAAAUGUCAUAAAACUCAUUGUUUUUAUUGGCAGAUAAUAUAUUAUUUUUAAUAAAAACAACAACAAGAAAUUCUCCAUCAUGUUGAUACGCGUGAUUUAUAACUAAGUGGUGGAUACGCAUAAAAUAAUAAAACUUUGACUGAUUCAAGAACCAAAAAAAAAAACCCAAGAAAAAAUGAACAAUUCAAAAAGAAUACAUUCUUAAAUGCUCAUGACUGGCUCAUAACUUAUGAGCGGAGGUUGGAAAACUCUGGAGAGUGUAUGCCGCAGAAACAGAAUUCCAUCAGAUAGUUUUCUAAUCUCCUCAUUGAUAGAAAUUCUUUAGGAUAGUUAAACAAAAAACGCAUACUAACAACCACACAUUCUGAAAAAGGAUUAACAAGACGAAGAAGAAGGCCGAGAACAAGAGCAAAACAAAAUGGGUGCAAGUGCAUCAUCAGCAGGGGGCGGAGGUGGGGGUUAUCCAUCGGUAAUGACCUCCUCACAACAGAGUGGCCAUUCUUCGGCCAUGGGUGGUAUGCCACCGGGGACAAGUACCAGUUCCAGUUUGCUACUGCCAUCAACGGGGGCCAAUUCACUGUUGUCCAGCUCGAUGGGUGGCCUCAGUGGCGGUGGUGGUGCGUUUGGCCCUCAUUUUCGAGAGCCUCGCCGGAAACGUGUUACGGGGUUUGCAACGCUAAAGCGUAAAUUUAUCAGACGACGGCGUUCCUCCAAAGCUUGUGAUCAUGCCAGAGUUCUAAGAGAUUUUGUUUCCGACUGGACGCCACUGGAGCUGGCAGCACUGUGUGAGGAGUAUGAAUCACUGUCGGCCUUACGUGAUUUAUCGAUGCAAGCCGAGCUGGCCCGACCACCUGCUACCACAUACAAACAAGAUCUUGCAGCUCUCUUUGAAACGAAGACUUGUACAGACUGUGAUCUCGUCUUCCGUGGCGCCAUAUUUCCCGUGCAUCGUUGCAUACUGUCAUCGCGAUGCACAUAUUUCCGUGACCUUCUCGCCAGUUGUCCUGGUUUUGGAGCUCGCAUUUGUCUCGAAUUACCUGCCUCACCAAUAGAUGUUCAAAUGUUCGCCUCACUGUUGCGGUAUCUGUAUACGGGAGACUUGUGUCCACAUGAUUCCAGUAUUGAUAUAGGGCUUCUGCGGCAACUGGGCGAUGAUUUUGGCACACCAAAUCCUCUGGAACAUGAUUUGCGGUACUUACUGGAAACUGGUGAUUAUGCGGAUGCCGCCUUGGUUUUCACAUCAGAGAGCUGUGGCGGCGGUGGUGGUGGUGGAGUUGGAGGAUUUUUAGGUGCUGGCGCCAGUGGUAGCAGCAUUAUUGGUGGAGGCAAUGGUGGUCUGGGUAUUACAGGGGUUCUGGGUGGUGGCGGCGAUGCCUAUAACCGCCCCGAUUCGGGUAACUCCGAAUACGGAUUUCGUCCCAAACUAGAGCUGCCCUGCCACAAAGCGAUUCUCAGUGCCAGAUCGCCGUUCUUUCGUAAUCUCAUAGCCAGGCGGACACGUAACAUGGAUGCCGAAUAUGCCGAACGGGCGUUGCAUGUGCCAACGCGUAUUGUCCUCGAUGAGACCGUGAUACCAAAACGUUAUGCUCGUGUUCUUUUACAUGCCAUUUACUUGGAUACCGUAGACUUAACAUUAAUUUUAAGAGGUGCCAAUUCGGGUACUACAGCGGCUGGUUCGCUGGGUGAAGUACAUGCACUGACGGCGGGCCGUACACGGCCCACACCAUUGGAAGAGGCCAUGGAGUUGUAUCAGAUUGGUCGCUUUCUGGAAUUGGACAUAUUGGCCCAGGGUUGCGAAGAUCUCAUAUUAGAAUGGCUGACCCUGGACACGCUGCCAACGGUGCUUAAAUGGGGUAGCCAGCCCCAUGGUUCGGCGUGGGUGUUUCGCCAAGCUUGCCAAUAUUUACGUGAAGAGUUCUCUGCAGUCAUUUCAUCGCCUGUUCUUCAUCAGCUCGACAAAUCACAGCUCAUUCAUGUUUUACAGUCGAAUUUCUUGCAAGCUUCCGAGCUGGAAGUGCUCCAAGCCGUUCUCAAAUGGGGCGAACAAGAGCUUAUACGGCGCAUGGAAGACCGUGAACCCAAUCUACUCUCACACACUGCCCAUUCGGUGACACGCAAAGGUGUCAAAAAACGUGACUUAAGCGAUGUAGAGCUACGGGAGAUACUCUCGGACCUGCUGCCUUUGGUGAGAAUGGAUCAUGUGUUACCGCCCAAUAGUGAGGUGCUGGCCCAAGCCAUACGUCGGGGAUUGGUUAGCACACCACCCUCGCACAUGAUCGGCGAUGAACGGGAGAAUCUCAGGGUAAAUGCCUGGAUCAGAGGUGGUAAAAAUCAAGGUCUAUUUGUGAGACCACGACUGUUUAUGCCGUACUUUGAGGAAAUCAAGGCAUUGCUGGAAGAUCGCAUGACCUCAUCACAUCAUCAGGCCGAGCUGAUGAGAAUGCGUCGUUCGCGGCAAAUGCCCGACAUACCCGACACCCUGUAUAUGGUUUCUCGCAUGAAUGCUGCCUCCAAUAGUGGUGUUGGCAAUGCCGGCGUGGGUUCCGGCACAGACACUGUAGAUAUUUUGGCAGCUGCGGCCGCCAUACCACCACCAGAUACUCAAACCUUAGCUGCCAUGUUGAAGCGCGAACACAAACUGCGCCAGUCACAAUUGUGCCAGCGUGCUUUACAUCUGCCACUAUCUUCCAAACAUGAAAUCGAUCGGCAAAUACGUUUGCGUGUCGUUAGAGAAUUUAAUUUGCCCGAUGCCGUUUCGGAUCUCUUGGAGACGUCACUGUUGGGCAAUCCCCGCAAUGUAAUGCAAGAAGAAGUACAAAAUAUGGCUGACUCCACGACUACGGUGCAAUCGGUAGAUGACUGUUGUCUGUUGGAGGACGAUGAUCAAAGUCCCCCACCUUCGCCGGCGGCAGCAUCAGCAGGCUCAGUGCCUCGACAUGCGUCAGCGAUGGGAGCCAGUUAUCUGUCGACAUCAUCGGCAGCCACUUCGUGUAGCAGUGCGGCUGUAGCGGGAGGUGGAGGUGCGGGCGGCGUUGGAGAUACAUUGCCCUCUUGUUAUACAAGAAAUUUAACAUUCCCCCGACAACAUGCUGCUGGUCUAUUGGGCUUAAGCGCGAUGGGAACGGGUCUACCUCCGAAUUUUGCUCGUCUCUCGGCCUCAGCACAUCAUCGUAAUGAUCUGCCGGCACUAAUAACUGAAGGUGAUUACCGUGGUUUUGCUCAUGGUUCAGCCAUUGGUUUGGAUAUGGGUGGUGCCGAAGGUGGUGCAAUGGGCUGUGCAGACGGUGCCAAUGCUGGUCAUUUAUCGGAUAUGAUGCCUGAUGUGGCAAUGGCAACAGCUUCAUUGGGUCAACUUCAUCUGGCCAAUGCUGGCAGUUCAGCGAGCAGCACUAAUGAUAUGCCUGAAUCGCUGCAAUUGGAUUUGGGCGAUGGUUCAAGUCAUAUGAUGGGUGCAGCCGGGGGAGGAGCUGCAGCGGGACCAAUGGGAGGAUUACGUGGUUUGCAGCAUCAAUUACCUCCUAGUAAUUAUCAUCAUUUUAUGCAGCGAUCAAAUUCACCAUUCGAUGUUUUAAGACAAGGCCAACAUUCACCAGCACCUGCGCCGCAACAACAUCCACCACCUGGGACGUACAAUACAGGACCACCACGUUUCUUAUAGAGUUUGCGUGUGGCCCCCGAUGAGGGCCUUUAUUUUAGCAUGCCUUUUUGACAAAAAGCACAAACACACCAACAACAACACCCAACUACCAUCACUCCACAAAUCUAUGGCCAGCUGCUACCCGAUAAUAAAUAUGGAAAACCAAAAUAUCUUUAUGUAAAGUCCUCACACCAACCAACUAAACCAUCAGCAACAUCCACAUCAAGAAGAACCUCUACAAAAAUGCCACAUAACAUUAAACACUUCAAUUUACCUAACUUAAAUCUACUCUCCUAAAACAAACCCCAAAAACAAAAACAUCAAAAAAUUAUCAGCUAAAAUAAAGUACACGCGCUCAAAUUAAAGGGAUAUGAAAAAAACUACAGAAAAUAACAGCAAACUUCUUUCAAAAGGAAGUUUGGGAAAAAAGACAACAUUUUAAGACCUCCCUUUUUUGUUCUUCUCUACUUAAAAUAAUUUUGUAAAACAAAAACAAAACAGUGUAUAGAGGGUAAAUCAAAAUGAAGUGACGAGAAAUGUUAUUAUAUUUUUUUUAAAGAGUAGCUAAUAUGAGUUUGAAUAUUCAGAUGACAGACUUGAUUUUUUAAAUGUAAUUUUUAAACGACCUGUUUUGUAUGAGUAUUAAAAAGUGACAUCGAAAGGAACACAUCUAUUCCUUAUAAAUUUUCAAUUUUUUUAUUUUUAUUUAAUUUAAAAAAAUUUCAUGGAAUUGGUGUUUCUCUUUCGACUUCCCUUGCUGCAUAUCGUCCUAAAUUGUUUUACAUUUUGUGAAAAAUUAAUUCUGUUUUAAACUGUCGCAUACUUUGUACCGGAGGAAAAAUAAAUAAGUUUAAAUAUUCUUCGGGCCUUUUUUGCCAUGCCCUCUGUGCACACAGAACAACUUUCUUCCUCUAUGCUCCUAUAUUGUCCCCACCCGCCUACCACACACAUACACAAAACAUUUCUUCUAUUCCACCAUCCUUCACACUGUACUUCUCUUCUCUAUAUAGUAAUAUAAAUAUGAAAUAUAUAAUAUUAGUUUAUAAAGUUGUUUAAUAUAUUUUUAAUUUUCAUUCGAUUUAUUAUUAGAUUUUAGUAAUUUAUAUAAUUGAUAACAAAUAACGAAAACAAAACGUUGUUAGCAAAUAUUUUUAUUGUAUUUAAAUUUCAAAAAAAAAGCAACCAAGAAAAGAAUAAACAAAAACAAAACAACUCGAAAUAAUUUAGUUGUAAAAUAAUUAAAUAAAU